GCCGUGCGAGGUAGUGCUGUCGUACCGCUCGCCGAAAUCGCGUGAUAACUUUCGUAAAAAAAAAACAUCGCCAAACAUUUCUUCUCAUUUUUGCGAAAGUGUAACAGUGAUAGGCCGAGUGUGGAUACGUGUUUAUGUGAAAAUAUAACAGUUUUACGUGAAAUUGUAAUAAUUGUGGUGCAUUUUGGAAUGUUGCAAAUCUUGAGUGGUGUGAUUUUGUAAGACUUAAGGAUUUUCACGGUUGGUUUUGUUUUAUAUUCUCUUAUCAUACAAUUGUUAGUCGACGCGGUUGAUUAACUUUCGAUAAAGACUUAUCAAAGUUGGUUGAUUAUAAAAAAAAACUACGGUCCUAAUCGUAAUUACUUAUCAUAAAAUAAUAAAUAUUUAAAUUCAGUUGAUUGAAACAGAAACACCCGCAUUUACAUCAAGGUCAACAUUUUUGAAGUGAAUAAAAUAGAGCCACAAAGUGAGAACAUCGAAGUGUUUUUCGUUAAAAAGUGAAGUGUCCGUUAUGUCUGCUUAGUUCAAUAUGAGGCACCUGUGGCGCUGUGAUCGGGGCGCGUGACGUCAGAAAAACAAGAUGGCGGACUCUAGUCCUGCCACUUCCAUCAUAGAGGGCACUGUUAAAUUUCGCGAUGGAAAAAAGUGGAAAUCGCGAUGGUGUGUCAUGAGAAAGCUGUCUCCAGUAGCAGAUUGCGUCCACCUACAACUCUACAAGGACCUCAAGGAAAGACAGAAGAACGGGCAGACGAAGGCGUCGCUGUCACUCCAGCAGUACCUCGGCUUUGAGUCAGGGUUCACUCUAGACAAGGAGUCCAACACUCUCGCCAUAUUGUGCGAGGACGUGGUGCCGGUGCUUGCGUUUGAUACGAGAGAAAUACUAAUACAAUGGAGAGUAAAGGUUCAACACAAUCUAGGCAGUAGUAAAGAGUUCGCAGCUGUCAUCAUAUCGGCUCCAUCCCCCACAGGGAUCAAGGCCGGACCGGUGAGGUUACACGCGUGUGGACCCAGGCUUGCACUGUGUGCCUCGCGACCUCCUGAAGUGCUGGCGCUUUGGGAUAUUAAAUUGUUAAGGAGAUUUGGUAUGGUGGACAAGAGGUUCUGCGUGGAGGGAGGUUCGAGGUGCGGGAAGGGUGAAGGGCUGUUCGUAUUCGCAGCGGAGGGCGGCAGGGAACUGUCAGAACUCCUCAACAUAUAUAGCCACGAGGCCCAUUCCCGCUUGAGUGUGGCGUCUAGGAGUGGAUCCAUUUUAGAAAAGCGUUUCUCCGAUACGAGUUCCUGUAUGGACGACUGCUUCAACCAGUCCAUGCGGUCUGUCUCUCCAUCGUGGGCGGCGCCGGGCAGUCAGACCAUGCACUGCCUGUCUGACCUCGACACCAGCCUAGAUAGCAACGAGGACAAGUUUAGACGUCCCACCUCCCUGCCCAGGUGCUCUAGCUGCAUUGGAAAGAUCAGCCAUUUGACAAGAUCUUCCACAAUGAACACUCCCGGAUCAAUCAUGUCUCCAGUGUGGACGAUGGAUAACAUAAUGGAGAAGCGUUCUGACUCCGACCGAGCCUCCAUCUACUCGAGGUCCAGCGGUAGCGCCUCUGAGUACUCAGUGCCUCGCGGCGCGUGCCUUCUCGAUAAGAGUUUUGAAUCAAAACGAGCCAGUCCGGUUGGUUGCUGCACGCCAAUCGUGCCAGUAAAGACUGGCAACACUUGCCAAUGCUGGCAACAACCGAAACCUUGCUGUUGCAAGAAGAAGGCGUUCAAUGGUCCUUACGAAAACUAUGACGUGCCAAAGACGCCAAUGCCUUUAAUACAGGAGCAUCCAGUAGACGUAACCUCUGAUGCGGCAAGCUUGUACGAUACACCAAAGAAACUGAAAUGUCUGAUCGGGCAGUCAUGCGGCUGCGCCCUCAACGAAACCAAAAACGACGAGAACCAAACACACGACAACAACAAUACAUGUGAUACUAGCGUUAACAACAAUAUUGAAUCGCACUCCAACUACGUCAACGUUACCCCGACAUCCAUCAAACCGAUAGAUUUAAGCAACUACGCAAACAUAAAUAGAACAACAUUAGAUGAUUUCGAAAAUUCCCUACACAUACUCCGAAACGCUGGUUUCAGUCAAGAGGACUUAGACGCUUUAGAAGAUAUACCGGAACACGAAGAUGAUAUAUCCACAGCCACAACGAACACAGUCCAUCCUUUGACCGACUGUUGUAACGAUCAUACAAACUACAUGCACAUGGAACCAUUAGAAAUCAGCAGCUCUAGUAACAGUAAGAACUUCUCCGACAACAUCAGCAGAAUCAGUCACUUAUCAGACCCGACCCAACAUUCAGACACUGAUAACACAAUCAGCACGAGGCGAUCGAGUUCCGCGGACUUCACCAAGAGGCAUGACGAUGACUUCAGUAUAAACGCUCGCGUAUGUUUCACGCCGACCGUUAUAAGGCGAACGUGCAAAACCGAUUGCAUAAACGAAGGCGUCCCAGUACUUAACACGGAUACAUAUAACCAAAAGGAAAAAGUAUUUAAAUCACCAGAACCAAAGACAGAAAACAUUUUAGUCGCGAGAUUCAGGGAUGCCGUCAAAAUUCGUAGAUCGUCAAGCGUUCCGAGUAAAUCGGAUAAGAACAGAGAUUCUUCGAGCUCGAACGACUCAGGCGUCUCGACUGGAUCCUUGAAGCAUCACAAGGGCGAUUUCAACGAAUUCGAAUUGCCAAUCACAAAUUCCAAAUCAUAUAAGAAACAUAAGAACAAAUCGUUUAGGAACACCCUAACGCCGGUCCACGCGACGUUUUUGAAGUCCAAUUCGUCGGAUCCUCUUAAAAACUUGACAUUCCAGUUCGAAGAAGUCGCCACUAUGACCAAAUCCAAUUCGUGUGAAGUAGACACUUUGACCAGAAGGAAGAAAAGAAUCGGCGACGCGGAGUCGACGGCGCGGCACAGCCACGUGACCACGAAGAGCUCGUCGUCGGGCGCGUCCGACACGUCGGACUACAUGGAGUCGCUGUCCGUGUCGUCGUUCAGCUCGUGCGACGCGUCGGCCGCCGAGCGCCACGCGGCGCGCCCGCGCUCCGGCAAGGAGUACGCCAGCCUCGACCGCAGCGCGCUCGGCGCCGACGUGGGGCACGCCGCCUAGCUCAUUGUACUGCAGACUGCUUCCACAUGACCAUAAAUCAUCUGUCAAAACAUUCACAAUCAGCUGUCAAAUUGUAAAAAUUAUAUGUCAUGUGUCAAAAUAAUUUGUCAUAAGUGUCAAAACCGUCUUUCAAAAGCUAAAAAGUCGUUUUUUUUUUGUUUUUCGUCAAAAAUUAAGUUAGAAUGACUUCGUAAUGAAUUUUCGUAAGCCUUAGUUUCAAACUCUUGCGCAUCACUACAGUCUGUGAAUUCCUUUUAGAUAAUUUUUUUAUAAUUUAAGAUCGUUACAUUAUGUAUUUAAGUAUAUUGCUAUUCAUCAAUAUAAUAAAAUAUAAAUAGUAUUAUUGGCGUAUUAUUUUGUGAAAGGGAUAUUUUUUCUAAACGUGCGUGUUCAUAUAUGUCAAUGACCUAUUGACAAAUGAAAUGUACAUAUCUCUAGUACAUACACAGACAAUCCUUAGAGUACAGUUGUUCCUAUGUACAUAAUUAAUUGUAGCAAAGAGUUUAAUAUGAAUGAGUUAGUAUAAUCCAGACGAAUUUAGAUAUUUUGUAGGGUGCCAAAAAUUGUAGCGUGCUUUUAAGAGGAUGUUGUAUUAUAAAAUGAGACGCAAGUCUUAUAACGAAUAGAAUCAUUCAUAUGUCUAUAUAAUAUGUAAACAAUUUUAAAUUGUUUAUUAUGUAUUACCGCGUAUCAUGUGAAAAAUAAAUGAUCAAUUACUUAAUUUAAAUGUAACUUACAUAUAUUUUAAUAUACGAAUAACAAGUUACAUAUGUCUUAUAGAUUAGUUAUAAAUGUAAGUUUUUAAAUAAACUUAGGUACUUAAAUUAUUUGUGCCUUUAUGUACAAUGUGUUAUGUAUUUCGUUUCAUGUUACCUUUACCGUUUAUUCUUUACAUUGAAUAUAUUACAAUGAUUUGUACAAAAUCUAAAUAAAACAAAUACGAAACCACCAAGGUUUUGUUAAAGAUUAUAAUUACGCACAGAUUAUAAUAUCGGCCAAAGACCUAAUGGUAUACAGCCAAAAAUAGUUGCGUCACUUAUUUAGAUUUUGUGCAAAUAAACUAUAAAAUAACGCAUUUUUCAAUACAAAUAUAUACUUGUAACAUAUAUAUUUAUAUGUAAAAUAGGUAUGGCUAGCAAAUUCUUUCAUAUCUAACAUAAGAUAGUCAUAAAAUAAAUGCCUCCGAAGAAAUCUUAAGCAAUAGUAAUCCAUUAGAGUAUUCUUGUAAAUUGAAAUUAAGAAGAAUAUAAAUUAUAACUGUACUUGGCCAUUUUUAUACAGAAAAUACUAUAGCUUGAAUACCUGCCGGGCUUUGAUGUAUAUAAAUAAAUACAUUUUUAUAUGACUUAAAAAUUAUUAUAUACGACUUAAAAAAUUAUUUUGAUAGAUUCCUGCAGAUUUUAGAGGCGAACUAUACUUUAAAAUUCAAUUUUACUUUUACAAUAACAAAUGUUUAAUAAUAACACAAUAUGUUAAUUAUCGUUUAAUUACUUUGAACGAUUAUUAUUAAACAAUUUUGCCUCUAAAUUCUUAUCUUGGUGGAUUUUUCGUCUAGUCAAAGGUGGAAUGGCAGCCAUAUUUCAUUUAUGACGUAAUAACACAAAUGAUUGCUUAUGAAUAAAAAAAGAAAUAUUUAAGUGUUUUGUAUUUGUUUUCAUAGUCGCAUUCUAAUUAAAAACAUUGCACGUUAUGUCAUUGUUAUUAAAAAUAUAACAUGAAUAUAUUUUUAAAUUUCCCAUACAAUAUGGCUGCCAUACACACGGUUUCGGUUUCCGCACGUGGAUUGGUUUUAUGCGAAGAUGGUGUAUUUUCUUAUACUAUAUAUAACUUUACGUUACUGUAUAUUUCAACUUUGUAGUUUAUUGCAACUGAGAGAAAAUAUAGCGCAUUACAAAGAACUAAUUGUUUCAUUUAUUU